AUGAACUUCUACCUUACCGCCUCCUUCCUCCCCUUUCCCUCCCACUUCCAACAGGUUUCCGUGGUGGAGAAGCUCGAGAUGAUGGACGAACUUGAGGUCGAGGCCCUCCUGGAGGUCAGCGCUACCCACGAGGCCAACGAUUCCGGUGAGGAUAUGCGUGUGCCCCCGCCGGCGCCGCGUGUUCCACAGGAGGAGUUCGGUUUCUCCGACGGUGCGAUGUCCUCCGGUUCUCUCAAGGCGCCUGCAUCAAUGGUCGAGGAGUGGUUUCCUCGCGCGGGCGUCUUCGAGGACAAGGAGGUGGACGGAUCCAAGGGGGCGGUCUCUGCGCGUCGUCACAAGGCGGACGCAAGGCCGCUGCCGCGGAGGCGGAACGCUUUCGAGGAACCAAGAGAGCGUUCCGUCGUAGUCAAGGAGACGAUGGAGGUCGAGACGAUGGGCGCGGGUGCCACUGCUGCGAAAGGGAAGGUCCAGUUCGCUCAAAGCCCACUCCGGUUCUCCUUCUUCAAGGCGAUCGCCGAUUUCAGUUCUCGUACAGAUGUGGGAGAAGAGAUCCUUUUCGCGGUUUGGACCGGAAACGAAAAAAAGUGCUCGUUCUCCGAGGCGAUCGCCGACCCCUCAGUUCUCACUGAGAGGAACCUUUACGGGCUCUACAUCACCCGCGAGCUCGCCGAGUCGUCGUGUGACAUGGAGCGCAUCUGUUUAACAAAUCGUCGUACGCUCCAACGAGCCGUUUGA